AGCACUAGUGGGAAGAAGCAGAAAAACACAACGUGCGCCGCAAAAACAUUUGUUUGAAAACUUAAACCUACUUUAAUUACGGGUGGAUAGAAGGAUUUAAGUAGCCAGAAUGAAGCUCAGCACGUACAACUUCCUCACUUCCAUGGCCAUCAAGGGCGUAAAGGUUGGAUUCCCCCUCAAGCUGACGAUAAACAAAAAAGAAGUGGUGGAGACGGAGUUUAAUCCCACCUUUGUGGAGCGACUGCUACCCAAGUUGGACUGGUCGGCGAUCUACGGUGCCGCCCAGGUGAACCCUAGUGAUAUGCGUCAAAAAAUGUCCUUCCAGGCGGAGUUAACAGAAGACAUACCAGCCGUUCAGCCGGAAAACAUUGGAGAAAACGAGGCCCUUCUUCAGAAGCUCCAUCACCUACUCUUCGAGAUCGACGUGCUCGAGGGCCAACUGGAGUGUCCCGAAACCGGUAGGGUAUUCCCCAUCACCGACGGCAUUCCCAACAUGCUCCUCAACGAGGACGAGGUUUAGAUCCACCCUUUUUCGUGCUUUUCUGUAACAUAAUCCCUCUCUCCAGACACGCAUUAUAUUAAGUAAGUUUGCUAGUUUUAAAGUCUGUGUUUAUUUACGAGUUACUAAAAAAUAAUUGGAGCUUG